AUGGGCGCGGCAUCGGCGCCGUUCCUGACGCAGGUCAAGCGACGUGACGCGCCCGACUACUACGAAGUCAUCGAGAAUCCCAUGGAUCUGAGCACCAUGGCCAAAAAGCUACGCGCGCUGCACUACAACAGCAAGGACGAGUUCUGGACCGACGUGCAGCAGAUCCGCGACAACUGCUAUACGUACAACACGGAGCCCGGGAACGUCUAC